AGUGUCCUGAGUGUAUGAAUUUGCUUGUGAAUUUUACUCUCAGUUACCGGUUUUUAUUAAGCUCUAGCAAAACGUUUCCAAAAUGGUCGCAAUUGCGGCGUUUUUAUUACAACUUGUUUAUUUUAGUUGAAAGUAAAGCGUCAAAUUUGAAAAUGUCGUCAGCAGAACCUUCGCAAAAUAAAACAUGGGAGUUAUCUCUUUACGAGCUCCACAGGACUCCACAAGAAGUAAUUACUGACGCCACAGAAAUAGCGGUGUCCCCACGAAGCUUACAUAGCGAGUUAAUGUGCCCAAUAUGUUUGGACAUGCUGAAGAAGACAAUGACGACAAAGGAAUGCCUUCACAGGUUCUGCUCGGAUUGUAUCAUAACCGCUUUACGGUCUGGUAACAAGGAGUGUCCUACUUGUCGUAAGAAGCUUGUAUCAAAAAGGUCACUACGUCCAGACCCAAAUUUCGAUUUGCUUAUAUCGAAGAUAUACCCCAGCAGGGACGAGUAUGAAGCUCAUCAGGAGCGCGUAUUGGCUAAAUUAAACAUGUCACAUUCUCAAGCUUCCUUGGUAAACUCGAUAACAGAAGGUAUUAAGUUACAAUCACAGAAUAGGCCUCAAAGGUCUAGAAAAACCCUUGAUGAGGGUACCCCCUCUAAUUCUGGUAGUGCUGAACAGGGCAGCAGCUCAUCAGCAGUUAGAGAGGGGGUAUCAAGUAACCCGACUCCUCCUGGUCAGUCCACAUCAAACCCUGCAUCUGUGAGGAGCACGCCAUCACCCGUGCCCUCUAAUUUGAGCUCAAUAUCGAAAAACACAAGCACCACAAAGAGAGCUAAGUCUAUAUUGACUUCAGAGAGAAGUGAAGAGAGUGAAUCUAGUGAUGGACGGACUGAGGGUGAGAACUCAAUGGAUACAGAAGGCGAGGGAGAACCACUGAACCCUAACGAAAUAGAGCUGGUGUUCAAGCCACAUCCAACUGAGAUGACUGGGGACAACCAGCUUAUGAGAGCUCUGAGGGACAGCUCUGUCAGAUACUUGAAAACUACUGCUAAUGCUUCUGUGGACCAUCUUAGCAAAUACUUGGCAAUGCGGCUCACUCUUGACCUUGAUGCAGAGUUGCCAGAAGCAUAUCGCCUGCUCAACUUCUGUAUCUACGUGGCACCCUCACCAGGACAAUUUGUGCCUCUGGCUGGCUCACAGACACUCAGACAAAUCAAUGAUAGAUUCUGGAAGGUAAACAAACCACUGGAAAUGUACUACUCGUGGAAGAAAACCUAGAAAUAAAUUACAUUUUAGUUAUGUCACAUUGCAUAGCUAAAAUGUUGGAAAUUGAAGUGAUAUAAUAUAUUAGUGUUAAGUGAUAAAUAUUUUAUACUUCCGAGAAAUGGACUCAAUAUGCAAAUGUAUAAUGGAAUUUUAAAUA